AUGUGUCACCUGACCACCAAUGUGCCACUCGACCACCAAUGUGUCACCAGACCACCAAUGUGCCACCUGACCACCAAUGUGUCACCUGACUACCAAUGUGCCACUCGUCCACCAAUGUGCCAUCUGACCACCAAUGUGCCACUCGACCACCAAUGUGCCACUCGACCACCAAUGUGCCAUCUGACCACCAAUGUGCCACUCGACCACCAAUAUGCCACUCGACCACCAAUGUGCCAUCUGACCACCAAUGUGCCACUCGACCACCAAUGUGCCACUCGUCCACCAAUACCACCAAUGUGCCACCUGACCACCAAUGUGUCACCUGACUACCAAUGUGCCACUCGUCCACCAAUGUGCCAUCUGACCACCAAUGUGCCACUCGACCACCAAUGUGCCACUCGACCACCAAUGUGCCACCUGACCACCAAUGUGCCACUCGACCACCAAUAUGCCACUCGACCACCAAUGUGCCAUCUGACCACCAAUGUGCCACUCGACCACCAAUGUGCCACUCGUCCACCAAUACCACCAAUGUGCCACCUGACCACCAAUGUGUCACCUGACUACCAAUGUGCCACUCGUCCACCAAUGUGCCAUCUGACCACCAAUGUGCCACUCGACCACCAAUGUGCCACUCGACCACCAAUGUGCCAUCUGACCACCAAUGUGCCACUCGACCACCAAUAUGCCACUCGACCACCAAUGUGCCAUCUGACCACCAAUGUGCCACUCGACCACCAAUGUGCCACUCGUCCACCAAUACCACCAAUGUGCCACCUGACCACCAAUGUGUCACCUGACUACCAAUGUGCCACUCGUCCACCAAUGUGCCAUCUGACCACCAAUGUGCCACUCGACCACCAAUGUGCCACUCGACCACCAAUGUGCCAUCUGACCACCAAUGUGCCACUCGACCACCAAUAUGCCACUCGACCACCAAUGUGCCAUCUGACCACCAAUGUGCCACUCGACCACCAAUGUGCCACUCGACCACCAAUAUGCCACUCGACCACCAAUAUGCCACCUGACCACGAUUUUAGAAAGAGACGCUGCUGGUGGGGUGGGGUGGGGUACUUCUAUCUGGAUUAA